GUACUCUUCUAACUGAAUCGUGUAAGUCUUAUAUGACGUAAGCCUCAUCAGUGUUUUGUACGAGACAGUUCGUGGUACGCCAGUUGUAGAUCAAGACGCAGUCACGUCUCGUCUCCUUGAUUUAUUUAAAGGGUUAAGCAUCCAGAGGAAUCCUGAAAACUGUCUAAAAUGAAGCGCACUCACAUUCUCGCAGCCCUGACUGUCUUAGCUGCGAUGGCAGCACUGGCAUCGAGUCAGCAUGUUAGCGUCAGAGCGCCAGACCCAAGCCGCGCCCUGAGCUGCGCAAGACGCUCGGUCAGCGUCAUCUUCCAGCGAUUCGCCGCCAAGUUGUCUGAUGGAGCCAAAGUGGUCUUCGAGCUCUUCAGAGUCUCUCAAGAAGCUUUCGAUGUAAUGGUUACAAAUUCACGCACGAUGGCAACCGGUUUAAGCUUCAUGCAGUGCGCAGGCGGUGUCAAUUCUCGAGAACACGCGUUUUCCUAUGACGCUGCCGGGGUCUGCAGAGCUCAUAAGUUGCGUGGAAGCUUCUGCUGCGUUGCCGACGGCGACAUUAACGUUUACGUUCGCAAGGACUUCGUGCAGAAUGAUAGCGAUACUGCGUAUGUGGAACAAGGUAAUAACCUAGUGGGAUACAUUCCAUCGCUCCUGUUUACGCUCGAAGAGCUGAAUGCUGAAGUGUUGGAUGAUGGUAGUCUUUCAUCCUUGGACGACACAAAGGUGAUUGUUCACAAGGAUGAUAAGUUCUAUCAGUUCACCAACACUCGUCACAUCGACAUCCUGACCUGCAUGGCUCCCAACUCCUGCGGAAUGAGGGCUGCAAUAACAAAAACUGCAGCCAUGAGUCACGUAGUUGUCGGGAACUGUGGCAAGACAAUCCAAGACCCGCUGAAUUUCGGCGACCGUAUCGUGUCCCACGCCGGCUACGGCUGCGUACCCUUCCCUGACUACGUCGAGGAUUGCUCGCUCACAUUCACAGUGGUCACAUCUGUAGACGGUUUCCUGUGGGAAACUUCAGACUUCAGUAGAGACGGCUUAUGCGAUGGCUUCGAGAUCACCUUAGCCUUAUCCGGGGAAACGCCAAGGGAUCUCUGCGCUUUGUCUGAAGGGACUGCUUAUUCAAUAGAUGCCAAUGUCCCGUAUGUCCUGCGCAUCAAAGGCACUGCGACAACGAAUCGCAAGUUGGUCGGCUUCACGGCGACGUUAUUGGAAGACUAGAGAUCGUCCCGCCAAAACUCAGCCAUUUGUAAUGUCGACUUGACAGUCAAUAAUUGAUCUAGAUGUCUCUUCGGAAUUCCAUUCAACAAUGUGUUCAGCAACUAUUUCUUUUGGAUUUUGAUCUGAAUUUGGACGUUUUUAUCAAUUAAUUACUUUGAAUUUUUAUGUGUUAAACAAUUAUUUUAUUUCAAUUUUGAUGUGUUCAGCACUUAAUUCCUUUGGAUUUGAAAGUGUUCAGCAAUUAGUUACUUUGGAUUUUAAAGUGUUCAGCAAUCGAUUCAUUUGGAUGUGUUCAGAAAUUACUUUGGAUUCGGAUGUGUUCAGCAAUUAAUUACUUUGGAUUUGUUGAAAUCCAAAUUCAUUUAUAGCAAUUAUCCGUUAAAUACCUUUUUCAAACGCUCAACUCGCACGUCUGAAACGCAUGUUGAAUCGCAGAUUUAAAAUCGAUAAAAUUGUCUCUUUUUUUAAGUCAGAGUUUGUUUGAAGACAAAUAUUAACUAGAAAAAUUAUGAAUUCGUCUAAGCUUUCAAGUGAGAAAUUCAUACACACCCUGCACCCGUGUUGAAUUAAUGAAUUUCUGAAAUUUGAUUAUAAUUAUGAUUUGUGUGCUCAAGUUAUUGGCUCUUGAAAUAAAUUGUUUUAGUUUGCUUGAA